AUGGCUAUGGAUGGCGCCGGCCGCCGAAAUGGAAUCCGCUCGUUCCUGCUUUUGCAUGCGGAACAAUGGUCGAGGAGGGGCCAAGCCAGCUGCGACCGGUCAAAGCACGACAUCACAUGUGGCAGAGGAGCGUGGCUCGCCUUUGCUAUCCGAGCUAUCCUCGCUUCGUGUUUCUCGCCGCAGCAGACAGCGAAGACGAAGAAGGCGGCCAAGCGGCUCGACCGGACCGAUCUUCGCGGCGGCACGUCGCCGCCCGAAGCUGGCCUGCACACCCAGGGCUCCUUUUGCGCGCCCUGCAAGCCCGACGAUUUCGCGCAUGAAUUCGCGGCCGCGGUCAGAUCGGCGUUGGCCGCGGCCAUGCCUUCCUUUGUCGGGCUUCCGCGCGCCAUGCCGCCGUUGCAGCAGAGUGCAGAGCGCGCCGAUGGCAGGCCAGCCUCCGACCCUCCAGAUGAUCCCGAGCGGGACCCGAUCUUCCCACCGGCUAUCGGCAAGCUUGCGAUGCCCGGGACCGAGCUCGACGAGGAUUCCCAGCCCGACUAUGCGGAUCUGCCAAGAGGCUUGGACGUACCGGUCGCCUUGUCAGAGCGCAGUCCAGCAAAAAAGCGGCCAAGAUUGGAGAGUUUUGGAGCAGGGCUUCGGAUCGGUCACGUUGUCGAGCGAGCCUGGAAGCGUGACGCCAACAAUGGCAACGUCGGAGCUGAUUCUAAGCUCGCAGGCCUUACCGGUCUAGACUGGCUUCAGACCACGCUAGUGCUUGCGUUUGGCCCUCUGACGAACACAGCCGCCUGGAUUCGCAUCUGCGCACAUCAGCGUCGGGGAUGA